CUCUCCCUUCGCCUCCCGCAGCGGGCAUGCUCCCAGCGAACGGCUCGAGGUGGCUCCCGUCGCCGGCCACGGCUGAGAAUGCCACCGGGGCUUGUCGCCGCAGCCCACGUGGUCCUCGGAGUCGGCGCCGUCUUCAGCGGCUGGGGGCGGAGGCUGUUGUGCCGGCCGGAUCAGGACCAUCGGCGUUGACUCCGGCGGCCAUCUCUGCUGCGGCGGCCGUGUGUCCGGUUUGGGCCGCGACGGGCUUUCGAGAUUUUAAUUUGGGCUUUGAGUUUGGAGAAGCUUAGCCCUUUCGAAUUGUUGUUGGACGAAAUCGCAGAAAAUCGAAGCGCGUUCCCAACAGCGCGUCUCAGGGCCCAACUCGGAUUCAAUCCCCAUCGAGAAUCCGGUUUACUACUCCUUUGCCGCCACACCACCGGUUCCAACCCUUUCUUGCCCCUCCCGCUUCCCGACCUCCGAUCCGGCGAGCUCGCCUUCUUGCCCCAGGAUCACGAUCCGCGUCCUCUUGCUCCCUCCCGCUGCGUCUGAUCUGUUGCUCUCGCGAUUCCACGGCCGUGACCAUGGGCGGCACCACGGUGCUCCCGCCGUCUCUGCCCCCGCGCCGUAGCGCCGCCGCCGCCGACCUUCACUCGUGCUCUUCCCGUGUGCGCGUGAACCCUGCCCUGAUGGCGAACCCCGCCGCUGCCAAGAGGCCGAAGCGUCCCAUGUCCGUGCGCGACAGAUCGCAGCCGCAGCCGCCGGCGAAGCGCGUACGCGGAGUCUGCCCCGGCGGCGAGCUCCGCGUCGCGGUCGCCGCCGAGAUCAACCUUCCGUGUCCCACCAGCGGCAAGGGUCCGAAAAGUCCCAAGAACCAGGUCGCCGAAUCUCCGGCAAGCGCGACGCAACCGAAGCCGCCGAUCAGCAUGCGCGAACUGAUCGAGAAUGCUCGCCUCGCCAAGGCUUGGGCUCGCCCUGCCGCCGCCGAAGAAGAGGCCAGCCGCCGGCGUGACAUCGAGCGCAGCAGAGCAGAGGCCCGGCGGAAGGUGGAGCGGAUGGUGGACACCGUGCAGUUCAACGACCCUUACAUCGACCCCUCCGACGUGACCAAGUCCCCGCAUGAGCUGCUGGAAGCAAGACAAGAAGCAUGGCGUGCUCAAGCUCAGCUCAUUGCGAUGGCUCGUCGACGGGACAUGGAGACGUACAAGUGAUGCAUGUGUAGCAUAUCCACGGACGUGUGCUCAAGUGAAGUGGUCCGAGGAG